AUGGAAAACUACCUCCCAGAAUACCUCCACCCGCUAACCCAACACCCAACCCUCCAAACCCUCACCCGCCUCCUCCCACCCUCCUGGGCCUUCGCCUGGCCACCCACCCUCACCACAAUCCCCUCCCUCGCAGCCCUCCGCUCAGACUACCUCACGCCGUACCUGGUCAACCCGCUCGCCGCGCUCCUCUCCUCCUCCACCCCAGACCUCAUCUCCGUCCUGCUCCUGCUGCUCAUCCUGUUCGUGUCGCUGAAGAUCCUGGACUAUGCGCGCCGUGUCGUCAUGUUCUGGGUGCGUGUGGUCGUGCGCGUGCUCUUCUGGGGAAGUGUGCUCGGUGCUGCGGCACCUGUGGUCGAGCGACCGGAGCUGGAGCCAGGCCUGGCUCGGGCUCUGACUCUGACUCUGACUCUGACUCGGGCAUGGCUGUGGUAUGUACGCCGUGCGGUAGUCACGGCGAGUCCGCUGCUGACGCCGAUUUUUCGAUUCAAGUCGCAACUCAUAUCGGGAUCGAUUCCCAUGACAGACGCAUCUGCUCGCUGCAACGUCUUUCGGUUGUUUGGAUAG